AUGAAAAGAAAUGUAAUGCAUUACCGUUUGAUAAAAGUAUUCCAGCUGAUCGAAGUGGAUGAAAAGAAACAAGGAAAGUACAUCGUCACUUUUGAUCCUCUUGAUGGUUCAUCGAAUAUUGACUGCUUGGUUUCCAUCGGGACUAUUUUCGGUAUAUGGCGAAAACAUGACGAUGCACCGGUAACAAAGGCCGAUUUGUUGCAGUCUGGAAGGGCAAUGGUGGCGGCAGGCUAUUGCUUGUAUGGAUCCGCUACUAUGGUCGUGCUGAGUACUGGUCGCGGUGUAAACGGUUUUAUGCUUGAUCCUGUUGGUUUUUUGGAGUUUUCAGAGUUGAUAGUAUGCAUACCAUGUUUUCAGAGCAUUGGGGAGUUUAUCUUGACCCACCCUAAAAUGCAAAUACCGCCAAAGGGGAAGUACUACAGCAUCAACGAGGGUUACGCAAGGCACUGGCCCAAAGGACUUGCUGAGUAUGUGCACUCUAGGAAGUUCCCAGAGCCAGGUAAAAAAGGAAUGGCACUGAGAUACGUGGGUUCCAUGGUUGCAGACGUUCAUCGUACCUUGCUAAAUGGUGGAAUCUUCCUAUAUCCAGCGACUGAUGACGCUCCCGAAGGAAAGCUUCGUUACCUCUAUGAGUGUGCUCCUAUGGCUUUUCUAGUCGAGCAAGCUGGAGGAAUUGCGACAACAGGCGAGCAUCCUGUUCUCGAUCAUGUUCCUGGUGAUAUCCAUGAAAGAGGAAUCAUUUAUUUGGGAGGCAAACAGGACGUAGAGGAAUUUCUCUCUUACCUUAACAAGUAUAAGGAAUAA